AGGUUCUCGCUGAGUAUUUCACCAGACACAACGGCUUCCAGCGAAUAUCCCGCGUUUUCAUGGCGCUUAUAUGCAUGGUUAUGUACGCCACAGCAGCCGCACACCUAGCUCUGGCGGUACAGUAUUCCUUUCUCAAUGCUGCCGCCUCAACGUCGCUGCAAGCUGCCGCCUUCCAAUGUGCCAUGGAGCUGUUUGGCGUGGCGAACCGCGGCUGUGACAGAGGAGAUGCCACCGCGACCGCAUCCUAUACAGUGCCUUCCUGUACGGCAACCCCUCUGCUCAUUGUCAACAUGAUUCUCAGCGAUUCUAUCGUCCUGUGGAGGGCUUGGGUUCUGUGGUCUAAGCGGCGUCUUCUCACUGCCGUAUCAACUCUCUUAGUCCUUUCCACGCUUACCAUGUCGAUAUUGAAUGUUCGCAAUAUCUGUAAGGCAGAACCCCGCACCACGGAAGCUGAAUUUACCACCGACGUUUACGGCCUUUCUGCUUUUGUCCUAUCACUGCUGACGAACACCUGGACCACAUCUCUGAUUGCAUAUAAAGCAUGGGAGCACCGUCAGUCGGUAAGAAAGAUGUUCAAGGACGGAAGUAUAGGCGUGCGUACGGCCAAGAUACUCGUGCUCUUCGUGGAUUCUGGACUGUUGUACUGCGGAUUUUGGGCAAUUCUAGUUGCCUACAUUGUCAUCGACGAGUACUACUUUAUAGGCCCCGGAAAUGACUUCACGAUCAGAUCUGUCAAAUGGUACUUUGUUACGCGCAUACGACAGGUAUUGGGCACAGUUCUCGUUGACGUCAUUGGAAUGUACCCAACAGUCCUUGUUCUCCUUGUUUUCCUCACAGAUUUCACUGUGGAGGGUGCAACAAAAAUUAUGGGCACGACUACUACACCUAUCCAGCCGCUGGAAACGAAUAGACCUUGCGGUGUUACACUAUCCAGCGACGUGAUCGACUCAACAGCAAGGGUGAUCACUAGGGACAGCGGAUGUGAUCCGUACACCCGGAGUAUCAUCGCCAUCCUCAGUGAUGAUGGCCUUGAGAGGAAGGACCCCACAAAGUCUAGUAAUACUGAGCACACCCCAUGCACUUAGCGCGGUCUCAGUGGACACACCGGUGC